AUGACGGUGUUGUAUGGGUUGUACAAUGGAAUUAACCUAGUUUAUGGGUCCAUUAUCUGGCAUCAGUUGGUUCAAAGCUUGGUCUCUUCAUCCAGGCAUUCUGAGAUCUCAUGUGGGCAUUUCUGGUCUCUCAUCACCAACUGGGAAAUGGAUCGCCUUCGUGUUCGAAUAAUGGCGGACUCCUUGCUCUCAUCCAUUGCUACCUUUCAUACGAAAAAAAUCAUCGUUACUGAUCCAACAAAGUUUUCGUUUAUUGGAUCCAUUCCUGAAGCAAUGCUCAUUCGUAUUUCUGCGUCGAGUAACGUUCUUCAACAGUACAUGAAGCGUCCAUCUGUAGGCCCAAGAGAGCUCACACUGACUAUGAUUUGUUCCAUUAAAGAGGCUGACAAGCCAGCCAAGAAGGAUAAGAAGCCUGAAACACAGAAGGAAGGUCCGGUCAUUAAACCAACUAAGGGAUAUGUCCCUCCUAAGCAGAAGAACGCUCCUCCUUCAGAAUUUGAGAGCGAAAGCUCUGAGGAAGAGGCUUCGGGCCGAGGUGAUACUCUGCCUCGCUCCCCUACCCCAGAAAUUCCAGUUCACUCUAAUCCUCCUUCACCUCCACCUGUAACAAUCCCAGUCUCCAUCCCUCUUAUCUCUCCAAUUACCACCUCACAACCAUUCACUACAAUUCCUAUUCCCACUCCCAUUUUCACAGAUACCACCACUACCACUACUACCACAAAACCACACUCUACUGUUCCCAACCCUCCUGUCACAACCGAACUUCCUGUCACAAACGAACCUCCACCUUCUUCAAAACCCUUAUCUCCCACACAAUCUACUGAAACAACCCCUAUUUUAGGUGGUGAGGAUUUCGAAUUCGAUUCCACAUAUUUCAGUCCUUAUCGAGUGCAGAGCGAUGAUGAUGACGAUGAGCCUGUUACAAAACGUCAUCUCAAAUCGGUAAACGAAAAGCUUGAUCAACUGCUUUCAUCCUCUUCCUCUGGUGCCUAUUCUGAAGCUGCCUUGAAGGCCUUGUUCUCUUCAGUUGUCACCGAACACAGUGCCACUUUAUCUGCUGUAGCCAAGGCAAUCGAAGCCUCUACUUCCUUAUGUCAACAGGCCUCUCUUGCUGUUGAAGCCUCUACUAAGGAGUUCAAGGAAGCGACCGCAAAAGUCGAUAAACUAGUGUCUGAAGCUCAUUUAUUUCUAGAUUCCUUGCAGGCUGCUGCUGCCAAAAACGCUCAAACUGUCAACGCUUCAGUAGAGAAUCUUCAAAGGUCUCUUCAAUCUGAGCGCUCGAACCUUGAAGCGGCACGCCAAGCCAUUGAAGAAGCCAAUGAAACGCUCCAUGCUAAUGUCAACGAACGCUUAACUCAACUGGAGGUGGAGUUAGCUGUGGAGAAUCGCAUUAUGGAUGAGCUAGACAGACGUACUGCCCAGCUUAAAUUGCAAACACACAAGCUGCGUACUGCUAAUGCUGAGAUUAAUGACCUCAAGUCAGAAAGGGAGGUCAUUAGGAGUUCUGCUACAGAUGUUCACUCCAUCCUUCUUCAUCUAAUUGAGGCUCAUGAUCCGAUCAUCACUAUAACUGUCAGGCGUCAUCUGGCGGACAAGCUCAGACCGGUAUUGGACAUUCUUAGCCGUAUCGAGGGUGUUCCGGUGACUGGGGUCCAACCGAAAAAGGGGGAGAGAAAGUGA